AUGGAGGCUCCCGAGCCGGGCCCCGGCCCCGGUCCCGGCCCCGAGGCGGGCAGCGUGGAGAUCGACCCGGACUUCGAGCCGCAGAGCCGGCCCCGCUCCUGUACCUGGCCCCUGCCCAGGCCCGAGCUCUCGGCGGCGCAGCAGGAGGCGGGGGGCCCGGCGGCGGCGGCCGCGGCGGCGGAGGAGGAGGGGGCCGGUGGGGCCGCGGCGGCGGGGCCCGGCCGGGCCGAGGGGGCGCGGGGGCCCGGCGCGGCGGCGCGGAAGGGCGGCUCCCGGCGCAACGCCUGGGGGAACCAGUCCUACGCGGAGCUGAUCAGCCAGGCCAUCGAGAGCGCCCCGGAGAAGCGGCUGACGCUGGCGCAGAUCUACGAGUGGAUGGUUCGCUUCGUGCCCUACUUCAAGGACAAGGGCGACAGCAACAGCUCGGCCGGCUGGAAGAACUCUAUUAGGCACAAUUUAUCCCUGCACAGCAAGUUCAUUAAAGUGCAUAAUGAAGCUACAGGGAAGAGUUCUUGGUGGAUGCUCAAUCCUGAAGGUGGUAAAAGUGGGAAAGCACCAAGGAGGAGAGCUGCCUCCAUGGAUAACAGCAGCAAACUGGCGAAAGUCAGAGGUAAAGCAUCCAAAAAGAAGGCCUCACUCCAAGCAGCUCCGGAAGCUACUGCCGACAGCCCUGGCUCCCAGUUCUCCAAAUGGCCUGGGAGCCCAUCAUCAAGGAAUAAUGAGGACUCCGAUGUGUGGACCAGUUUCCGGCCUCGAACCAGUUCCAAUGCGAGUACCAUUAGUGCCAGACUCUCUCCUAUCAUGCCUGAGCAGGACGACCUCCCAGAUGAAAAGCUUCUUCCUUCUCUAGUGUACUCCAGUGCAUCCAGCAAUGUCCCACCGACUGUGACUGAGGAGCUUGAACUCAUUGAUGGGUUAAACCUGAUGUCACCCAGUUCAUCUAUGCUGCCCACCCAGCAGUCUGCCUCAGGUGGUCCAGUCCAGAGAGAUUCCGGCUUCUCUUUGAGGACCCAGAAUUCAGCUGGUCAGGCCUCUACUUUUGGCACCUCUCUGUUUAACCCUGUUGAUAUCUCGCUGCAGAGUUCUGUUAACUGUUUCUCUGGUCCUCAGACCCUGGAAGCUCUCCUGACAUCCAGUUCUCCACCUCACAGUGAUGUGAUGAUGACUCAGGUGGAUCCGAUACUCCCUCAGACUGGAAGCAGGCUAAACAGCCAGACUUUUCUGCUUCUAGGUGGACAAGUCACCCAGAAUAAAACAAGCCCAGUCAAUGCACGAGGAAAGCCUUUGGAGCAGCAGUCAGAGUCAAUAGGUGCCAGUGCUUUGCCAUCUAUGCUUUCUGUGGUGGCAUCUCCUCAAAACACAGCCAGCAUGCCCACUUUGAAGGCCCAAGUCCCAGCACCAACGGCCCAAGCAGUCCAUCUGGGCACUCAGCCACUUCUCUCUUCUGUUAGCUCUGCCCCGUUUGGAGUGAACCAGGACAGGCUGCCCACUGACCUGGAUGUUGACAUGUACAUGGAGAACCUUGAAUGUGAUGUGGAUUACAUAAUCAACAGUGACCUCAUGGAUGGAGAAGGAUUGGACUUCAACUUUGAACCCAUUCUGUCUACUCCCAGCUACCCCAACACCUCGCAGGCCUCCAACCAUACUUGGGUACCAAGUUAACUUCAGGAAUACAAAAAGUGUCCUUCAGGUUUCUGAAUGUUGGGUCCUGACUUCACUUCCCACCCCUGGCAGAGUCUGAAAAAACAGAGCACACUGGACGCAGCUUCUCUGCACACCAUGCCUGGGGCAGACAGAACUGCUCACCUGGGAGGAAGGUGGCAAAUCUGCGCCUGGUUGCAAUAGGAAGAAAAAAUCCUGUUGUGUGCUGCGUCUCUUCCUAAAAAUCCUGGCUUGCCACGGAUCUUCUGCAGAAGCCCCUGGGCUGUGCACAUUCGAAGAGGAGCUCUGGUGAAAAUCCCCAAGUUUGGCCAAAGGCUGUUGUGCCAGACAACAGCGUUAUCCAAUGGAAAGGGUUGGGUGUGUUGGAGGCUGCCUUAUCUCUGCCAUAGCAGCAGUUCGCCCAGUGCCUCUGGCUGUCAAAAGGGGCCUAUUCUGUCCCCACCUUGCCCUCUGGGAUGGAGUAGCUGGGCCCUUCCUUCAGCCACCAGCCUUGUGCUUGGUACUCCAGACUUCUAGAAGAAUUAGAAGGAGCCUCUUGGCAGAAGCCUGGUAGGAAUAGGGUGUUGGAUGGAUUGGGGUUUGAUUUCAAAGUACCCCACCGUUCUGCACCCAUCUGAAGGGAUGAGGGAGUGGCAGCCAGGGAGGCUUCCCUUUGCUCACCUAGGCAGAGGAGGAGGACCUACAGUUUAAUUUCACUGUGCCAACUGGGCCCCAUUGAAUGAGUAGCGUGUUCUAGAGAAGUCCUGUGCUGUUCUAAGCACUUUCCUGAUACAGCAGGCUGCUGGAAAAUAGUCACAAGUGCUGAUUGCUGUUGCUGGGACUCCAAAACAUCUUGGGAGGGUUUGUUUCUGGGCUGUCUUGCUACAGCAGAGAAAUGGGAAACCUGGGUGUGGCCUUAACAGAGCCCUGGUUGCUUUUCAGAAGGGCAUUUUCUAUAGAUGAAAUAUUUUUUUACUAAUCUAAGGGCUUUCUAUAUUGAAAGCCAAUGUAACCACAUGUCUCCAUUGGCGUACUGGGUAUCUCUCCCUCUAAGAAGGUGGUACCAAUGGCAGAUUUGCCUUUCAAAGCUGUGCUGAGAAUAAAUACACUUGACAUUCAAUUAUGUGUCUGAUUGGGGGAAGAACUGGCAGGCCCCCACAGUUUGGAACCAUGUGGGAAGGGGGUUGUACAUUUCUUGUAAUCUAUAUGUAAAACUAGCUGCAAAUUAAUUAGAAGCUUUUUCUAAACCUUUUAAAAUAUAUAUAUAUAUUUUUAAAUUGAGAAACAAGAUUAUUGGAUUAAAACACACUUGUUUUCUGCAACUUUAUCCUGUUGAUACCACAUGAACACUACAGUGAGGCUGGGAACAAGCCUGGGGUUAUGGGGUAUGAAUACAGUUGGGAAGGGGUGGGGGAGACACUUCAGAGUGCUUGGGGAAUAGCCACACUCUUCAAAUCAAAUGGGAGAGGUGUUUACAGUAAUCAGACUGCAGCAGAUCAGUCUCUGGCCAUGUGAUUGGACACUCCCACUAAGUAUCCCCUAACCUUGUGCUCUUGGCUAAUCAUUAACAGGGGAUAAGCUGGGUAUGUUAAGCCCUAGAGUAGCUGAUGCUUCAGAGGCUUAGGUUCCCUAACCUCUUACUUAAUGAGGGAGGCUGAACCAGGCCUGCUGACGUUCUGUGCUGCCUUCAUCCCCCACUAUUUUGAAGCCAGGAGUUCAGUCAGCUUUAGUAGCUGACAACCUGGUUGUCCUGGUUUCUAUAGUUUUUCCUUUUGUUACUGAAGUUUUUCUGCUACUACUUGCUAAUUCUAGUCCUGUAGGCAGUGCUGUAGGAGUCUGAUUGGGGUUCUGACCUGUGAACAGGUUUUGUCCCCAACCAGGACCUGAAGGGGCUAUGAGGGUCAGCUGGCAGUUUUCUUUCAGCCUUCGGGUGUUUGUGGUGGUAGGAUUUUGAGGAGGGGAUGAUUCUUUGCAGUGUUCUAUGGGAUUUGUUAAUGCAGAAAGUCUCCAGCAUUCUUUCUGCAGAUGGCAGACGAGUCUUCUUGUGGAAGGUUUUAUGUGGUAAGGUGCUGGGAGUUUAAGGUGACCAGACGUCCUGAUAAAAUUGGGACCAUCCCAAUAUUUGGGUGGUUGUCCCGCAUCCUGACCGAUCUUUGGUCGGAAUGCAAUUUUUUGCUCCGCUGGCAGCACUCGUUUUUUUCUUGCAGAUCCCUCCUCCUCCCCUCCCCCAAUGUGUCCCGGUAUUUUCUUCAUCUCAUCUGGUCACCACCCUAUGGGAGUUUGUAUUGCUUGCUGCUUUCUCUGCAUGUUGUUUCAGGGUUUCACUAGAACUACUGGAGACCUGAACACGAGUGGUAUGUCUGACCACCUGAAAUGAGGCCUGUGGAGCAAUCUUGCCUUGAGCCUCAUCUGCCACUAGAUCCUUUUGCGGAACGCUAAUUGGAAACAACUCUAAGGCUUUCUCUUUACUGAAGACUUGAGUUCAGCUGUGCGUUUUUACAGCAACAUGCCCUGGGUUCACACACCCACAUACCUCUUGCUGUACUGCCUGGUAAGGCAACCAUCACACCCUGAACAAUAGGCAGUUCGCUUAUCCCAUGCUUUGCUAAACUGGGGUACCACCAGUGAAAACAUUUAGCCAGAGUCAGUCAGUGCAAUUGAGAGAUGAUAGUUCUCCAAUCCCUUCCCACAAGCCCCGGGCACCAAUUGUGCACAUUGCCUCCAUAAAGAGCAGCGGCUGAUGGUCCAAUUAUUAGGGCAAGCUGGAUCCUUUCCUUUGGCACAUGACAGCAUACCAGCAUGGUUAAUGCCACAAGUGAAUUUUCCAGGCCUAGACCACUUCCUCCUACAAUCUCCAGUGUGGGUAGACGCCCUGUGAAUGUGAGCAUAGAGCAGUGCAGUGAGCUGUGGCACUAUGAAUCUCAGGAUAGUGCCCACGUUGGCUGUAUUCCUUCACACGACCACAUAGGGCACCAGUGACACCACUGUGUGACACAGCGUGCUGACAUUGACAGUGUUGGUUAGGCUAUCGUGUUUUGUGUUGACUGACCCAUGAUGGCUUACGCUGUGGUUAGCCAACAGCGAAGACAGAGCCUAAAGGCGCAGGACUGUAAUGUUACCAGUACCUCAGACCUGCAAACCCAGUGCAAGCCAGAGCCGUCAGUGAGCAUAUCUGUGCGUUGUAAGCAGCAGCAUGUUAGUGACUAACACACUCAGUGCCUGUUACAGCCUGUGGGCCAUGGGUCUGUGCAUUGAUAUCGCACUCCUGGGAGCUAGGCAGUUAGGUGGCUUUUCUCACAACUGUGCGCUUCCCUUGACCCAUUGUAGCUCUAGGAGCUGCAGUCAGGCCUAGUGAGAGUCGCUGGAAUUGCUGCCUCACUGGCUUCAAGCGAUGGAAUUUGUUGUAGCUGCUCCCUCUCCCUGCUGGACCCUUGCUGCACCAUCUCUCACUGGGAUACUCUCACAGAGCACUUAUUGCACUUAGGAUGGACUGAGACCUUUUCCUUAGGGAGUUACAUGACAACUCAGAAGCAGACUCUAGGACUCACUGCUGCUGCCACCUCUUCCUGGUGUCUGGAAACUUAACUUCAGCCAGACUUUCCAUUGCUCCACCUAGGAGAUGGCCACAGCUGGAAGUGAGCAGUAAUGCUACAGCACAUCCCUAUACAGUUGCAUCAGGCAUAGGGCACAAGUGGUUUAUCUCUUGGUAUCUUCCCUGGUAGCUAAGCAUUUUGGCAGCCUUAUCUGCCAGGGGAAGAACAGGUGGUGGUGCUGGUGUCCUGCUGCUGGCUCUGGCCUGCAGCAGCAAACUACAAUGUUUGAGGUUAACACUCAGUUGCUCAUAGGUGUUAAGAAAGACAGUAUGGGAGACUUCCCAGUGCUGUGAGGAAUGGAGCCAAAAGCAACAGGGCUCAGUCUACUGUAAAGGUGGCAUUCCAUUUAAAGGCAAAUCAGCCCUUCUCCUGUACAAGGGCAGUGUGUGGUGGAUCUAGGGAAUGGAUGAGGGCAAGAGGAGGAAGAAUUUGGCAGUUGCACCUGUUAUGCCCCUUCCCAAACUUCUGACUAGCUCUGUCUAUAAAUAUUGUGUUCCUCUAGCAUUUCCCCAAGUGCUAGUGGGUAACCUGUAGUGAAGCGUCCAGUCCUCAUUCGGAUGGAGGCCUGGUGGAGGAUUCCACAUGUAGAAUCACUUUACGUAGUGUGGGUGGGGGACAGCUGUGUUCUGAGGUGGCUGUCCUGGACGCAUGCCUGAGAGAGUUAGUGGGGAGGGGUGCAGGGCUGUAAGCACCAGGCCCGAUACAGUAUGGUGCUGUGUGGUGUCCUCUCAGCCUUAUACACUAGUUGAGCUCAGGCCACACUUAGUUAUUCCAUUCCUGGAUUCAACCACAAUUGUUCAUAGCGUUGAGCUGCCCAGGGCUACGAAGGAUUCUGUGCACUAUCUGCCUGUGGAGCCAGCAUGAGGCAAAGCCAUUGCCUCUGUGUACAUCUGCGUUCAGCAGCCUCCUUGAGGCACUCUGCGGGUCUGUGAUACCUUCAAGUGGCCCUAGUCUUACUGUCACUAACAACUUUGAAUAGCCAAAGCUUAUUGGAACCCUUCACUCUCCCCUUUGUCAGGUUGUCCCUUCCUGCUACACUGUGUGUUUAAAUCUGCAAACAAACCAUCCUGACGAGAAACUAAAACAGAGGGAGGGUUCCAGAAACCAUGUGUAUCUUAUAAAUGAUGUGCAUACUAGAAGCACACAGCACUAAUCAGCUUUUCCAAAGGAAAUGCCUAGAAAGAUUUUAUUUAGGCCAUGAAUUUUUUUUUAAAUUUAGUUGCUUAUUUAUAGUCAGGCUCCAGGGCGGUAUUGCCCUCAGAAGCCCCUGUGCGUCGCCGUGUAAGCCUGGGGGGGCCUCAGAAGGCAGAGGCACUCAUACCAGUGUGAUGCAGUUGCUCUGAAUGGGCCCUGCUCUGCAUGGCAGAGGACUGUCGUGAGCCUUGGUGGUUUAUUUCUGAUCAAAGUAAAGUGAGAGUUUGGAUCCAUCAUUUAAAGUUGUGGGACAUGAGCAUGAGGGAGGAUAGUUUGGGGUUCAGGUCUUCCCCCUACCCAAACUCCAUCUGAGGUAAGAAAAUGGAUUGGUUGUGAUUACAUUAAAAAAAUUGAUGAUGAAAAUUAAAUCCUUGCUCUGCUGUGUAAGGUUACGUCUGUGCUUGCGAUGGCCUGUAGAGUACAGACACUGCACGCCCAGCUGGCAUGGAUAUAAAUAGCAGUGUGAAUGGUGAGUUUAGGCGACUAGAGUACCCUACACGUCUCUGCACACCUAAGUGGUGCCUCCCAUGUCUACGUUGCUGUUUUUAGCAGCGUAGUGUCCCGCUGCCUCACCACUGCAGGGGAAGAGGCUGCUGGGAAAGUUCCAGGAGCUCCCCAUUGCCAAAGCUUUUCAUGUGCCAUGUAGCUACAUGUGUAAUGCCUGUACUCUGCACACUGCUGUAAUUGUAGACGGAGCCUAAAAGAUGGAUUUCCUGGAGAGGUCUAUCCUUGUGAUAAUCGGUCAGUGCAUGGAACCCACUGCCGCCACUCCUCUCCCCCUGCAGUAACUCGUUCUGUGGGAAAAGGGAUCCCUCUCAAAGCACCAAGGCUACUUCAGUCCCUGUGCCAGGGUACAUCCUGAGGGAAGAGGCUCUGCAUGGGACAGUCGGAUUUAGUCAUUGUGUUGACAAAAAUGGGUGGUGUCAGUGACUGACUGUUCCACCCCUUGGUGCUGAGGUGAAAGGAGGGAGCCCAGGUGUAUAAGAGGCCAAGACGGUGAAGCAGCUCCUUGCAGAGCUGUGUUCAUGGUGGUCUUGUGAAGGCUGUUGACAGCAUGUUUCAUGGUUUGUAGCUUGAAGGGGAUGUUUGCAAUCAUCUGAGUGCUGUAUGGUGAAGUGCCAAGAGGGGGAGUUGGAUGCUUGGAGGAUGCAUCAGUCCUCCUGGAAGGAGACUUUCAUUAGGCUGCAGAGAUAGGAAAUCGUCCCAUGAUCUGCUCUUUCCAGGACAGUAUUGUACAGUCACUCUCCACUCCCUCCAGACUAUGGCCCAGCCUCUUGCUCUCGUGGUGGGAUGCCUGCACCAACAUGCUAAGAGUGUCAGCCUAUUGCUCACAAGCAGGGUUUCUCUGUUGCUGGCACAGGCCCCUGUCCCCACAGCGUAGCAGCACGGGCUGGCAUAGGUUCCCACACCUGCCCCAGCUGCACUCUCGCUCACUCAUUUCUCAUGACGUUUUUUACUUUUAAAAUCUCUGCUUUUUGUUUGCUCUCCUUAGCAGUGUGAUUUCUGAACUAUUACAGGCUCUGUUACCAUCUGUGCUAGUGAGACUGUGUAGAAUGUGCUAGACUAGGGGGAAAGUUUGACAAAUAAAGAUCUGUAAUCCUUU